AUGGCUUUCUUAGGCGAGUUCCCACUGUGCGACGUCACAGCGGCUACAUUUAUUACUAGAGCUGCCCAAAUGAUGUCCGGAAAUGUAUUGAACAUGGAACGGUUCUAUCGCUUAAAGAACUAUGUCUCAGAACUAGUGGAACUAUAUAUUCCAUUGGACCUGUGGUCAAAAACUGAUAUAGAACUAAUAGAAAGAACUACUCGCACCAUACUUACGAAACAUAACAACUUGCAUCCUAAAUCUGCUAUAGAAAGACUUACUAUUAAACGACAGAACGGAGGCAGAGGUCUAAUAGAUAUAAAUCACAUGUGGCAAAAACAAAUAACAGGACUAAGAACCUUCUUUCGUUCAAAAUCUAACACUAGUACUUUACACAAAGCAAUCGUCCAAAAUGACCAAAAUUACACUCCCCUAAACCUAAAUAAUCAAACAAAUACAGAAAUUUCUACAAUUAGUGAACUGCAAAAUCAAAAAAUAGAAAAUUGGAAGAAAAAAACACUACAUGGAAGGCACCCUCAUGAUCUAGAACAAACACAUAUAGACAAAACGGCAUCGAAUCAAUGGCUGAAAAUAGGCAAUUUAUUCCCAGAAACAGAAGGGUUCUUAAUUGCAAUACAAGAUCAAAUCAUAAACACCAAAAAUUACAGAAAAUUUAUUAUUAAAGAUCCAACCAUAUCUAGUGAUAAGUGUCGCAAAUGCCAUAUUCAGCCUGAAACAAUUCAACAUAUAACAGGGGCAUGUGUAAGUCUUACACAAACUGAUUACACACACCGACAUAAUCAGAUAGUCAACAUCAUUCACCAAACCCUAGCACAGAAACACAAGCUUAUUGAAGACACAAACACUCCAUAUUAUAAAUAUACCCCACAAACCGUGCUGGAAAAUUUAACAUGUAAAGUAUAUUAUGAUCGAGCCAUACUUACCGACAGGACCAUCCAUUAUAAUAGACCGGAUAUUACCCUACAAGACAAAAUAAAUAAAAUAACUUACCUUAUUGAUAUCGCAAUUCCCAAUACACACAAUCUCCAAAAAACAAUAGCUGAGAAGAUUAACAAAUACGCUGAACUUAAAGAUGAAAUCACAAGAAUCUGGAAACAGGAAAAAGUUUACAUAGUACCGAUAGUCCUUUCAUCUACAGGUGUCAUUCCCAACCAUUUACACCAUAGUCUAAAACAAAUAGGUCUACGAAAAAAUCUCUACAUCUCCCUACAAAAGGCUGUUAUAUUAAAUACUUGCAGAAUAGUUAGAAAAUUCUUAGAUAUAGAUGAGGAUGAAGUAGCCACCCGACAUACACAAACAUAA